AUGAAUGAUAUAUUAUUUAGGAAAUUUAAUAUAUUUCAGAAUCCAGAAAAUAAACCAUUAGAAGAUUUAAAACUUGAAAUUCAAAUUAAUGGAAUUAUUAAAAGAAUUCCAGCAUUAGAUAAAUAUUGGGUUGAAAAAAAAUACUUUUUAAAUUAUGAAACACCAAAUUUAAUAGAUUCAAAUGGAAAAGAUAUUAUUGGAGCCAAAGAACAAUGGUUUGAACUUACUAGUUUUAUUUUAAAUGAUUUAAUUUGGUUACGUUAUUUACCUUUCUAUAAGUUUUGGUCCAAUAUUAUUUUUAACCCAUGUAUAAUGAAUUCAAUUAUUACAUUUCUACAAGAGGCACCAAAUUUUUAUACUUUAGAAUAUUUUUAUAAUACAUAUCAUUUAAGGGAACAUUUUAAUAUGAUUAGAAAAAAUAUUCUCAUUGUAUUUACUAGACUAGUAACAAAUAAAGAAAGCCCUACAGAAUAUAUCAAUUUGCAAGAGCAUGCACAGUUAUUAUAUAAUAAGUAUAUAUUUACUGUACCAAUUUUAAUGGAGUUAUGUCAACAAUAUGGACGUGAUAAUAGAAGAAUUGUAGAAAAAAUUGUUAAUUCUGUAUUUGUCUUACAACCAUUUUAUAAAGCAGAUCUUGAAAAGGCUAUUAUAUUUAUUAUACAAGCAUUAACAAAAAUUGAGAAAAGAUUUGAAGAUUGCCCUACUAAUCAAAAAGGAAAACCAAUUCUUCUUUCUGAAAGAGGUGGAGCAAAUGUUGAAAUAACUUUCCCUAAUCUGGAAUACUUAAUACUAUACUUGCUUGAUACAGUAUCUACAAUCAGUAUAUUUUUAGAUAUUUAUGAUGCUUGUGUGGAUAGUUUUAAAGUUGAAGAUUUUCCAGCAAAAAUAAUAUCAAUAUAUAGUAAUACAAUACCAGAAAUUUAUAAAAGAUUAAAUGAUCUAGCAUCAGUAGAUGAAACUGUACAAAAAUAUGUUGAAUUAAAACACAGGCUUGAUGUUAUAAGGAUAGAAAUUUUACAUAUUUAUCGAACAAUUAUUUAUAAACAAAUAAAAAAUAUUGGAGAAGAUUUUUUAUUAAACUUGAUGUACAUAUUAUCUGAAAGAAAAUUCAUAAUUGAUUAUCAUAAUGUUUAUCCUGUUACUGAUGAUUUUCAAACAUUAUUGAAUCUUUAUCCCGAUCUUGAUAUAAUAAAAUGUGAAUUUAUUGUAAAUUCUAUUUUCUCUUGUUUGGAUGAACCAGUUUUUUCUUUAAGAUGUACUUCAAUUGAAAGAAUUCCUGAUAUGAUAAAAUCUAAUUAUGUUCAAAGCAAUGACAUAUUAGAAACAAAAAAUAAAACUUCUAUUGAUAAAACAAAUGCCAAAUCUGAAGUUGAAUUAUUAUCUCUAAUAUCCGACAUAAAAGAUAUUUUUUGUAAUCUUAGUGAAGGAAUGAUUCAGAAAUGUCUUACGUAUUAUAAUUACAAUAAAGAGUCAGUUAUAAAUGCUGUUUUAGAGGAUUGUUUACCAGUUGAAUUAAAGAGCUUAGAUCCUACUCUUCCAUAUCUUCCAUCGGAUUCAGAAAAAUUAGCACCUACAAUUGAUUUAUCGAACGAAAUAGAAAAGUUAAAUGUUAGUGAAAAUAAUCAAUUUGACAUUAUGACUAAAGAUGUUACAGAUUCUAUAAGCAUACAUAAAGGCAAAAGAAAAGAUAAAUAUGAAAAUUUGAAUGAGCUAUUAAAUGAAAAAUCUCAUAUAGCUGAAUCGAAAAAUAUUUAUAAUAAAUAUAGUAUAGUUACAAGUGAAUAUGAUGAUGAAUAUGAUGAUACCUAUAAUGAUCAAAAUGUUGGUUCAAAUAUUCAAGAUGAUAUUGUUGAAGUUGAUGCCAGACCUUUUAUUACGCCUAGAGUAUUUAGUACAUUCAAAAAAAGAAAUUAUUCUGAAGGAGUCGAAGAAAAUUUUGAGUUUAAAACAGAU